CCCAAAUUUCCCAUCUCUUCGAAAAGCCAAAGCCGUAAACGGUCACCCACACGCAAGCACUGUCACCGGCUGUCACCGGUACCUUACCCCAUUUCAACUUGCCGUUUUUAAAACCUCCAAAAAACCGUCCUUCUCUGCUCAGUGCACUGUCUCCGCUCCACGCCCGCCUCUGUUUCUCCUCUCUGCUCCUCAACCCAAUUUCCUUUCUAUUCUCACAAAUUUUUUUGACCAUUUUACCCUCCAUUCUCCCCCUAAUUUCCUCUCACCACAGUAAUCCAAAAAGCUUUCGCCCAUAUUAAGUAAUGAAUCCAUUGUAAACAGAACUUUGGCUUAACCCGUCGUCGUUUUAGAGCUCCAGUCAAACACGGAAGGCUAGAACAGCGCCUUUUUUUCAAGUGCUACACUUUGUACAGCAAUGUCUGUGGCCACUAAGCUUCAAUUAUCCGCUAAACCGGUUUCGGAGCCCCGAGCUAUUCUCGGUCUGGCGGGGAAUAGACUUAGGGUUUCCGAAGAACUGAAACGGAAGGCCGAGAACACGAAAAGGCCACAGCGGCUGCGAAAUCGUGCCUCCGAAAUUCCAGAACCAGCCGUACGGAACAAUGUCUCGGUCGACAGCUCGUGCUCUUCGGAUUCUUCUUCGAGCGGUUCCUCAGCGAAGAAAACGGUGAAUUCUCGGAUGGUGAGGCGCAACGGGUUUGGGCCCGUGAAGGUUGCCCCGGACGGCGCGGAGGCCGUGGCGUUUUCUUCCCCGAAGAUUUUGGGCCCGCCGAAACGAUGCGAUUGGAUAACAGCUCACUCUGACCCAAGUUAUACUAUUUUCCAUGAUGAGGAAUGGGGGGUUCCAGUUUAUGAGGAUAGGAAGUUGUUUGAGCUACUUGUCUUUUCACAAGCAUUAGCAGAACUAAGCUGGCCAGCAAUUCUUAAUAAGAGAGACAUAUUCAGGAAACUUUUUGACAGUUUUGAGCCAUCAUCCAUUGCACAGUUUACUGAGAAGAAGUUGAUGUCCCUGAAAGUAAAUGGCAUCCCGUUGCUCUCUGAACCAAAGCUUCGUGCGGUUGUAGAGAAUGCUAAACAAGUGCUUAAGGUUCAGCAGGAGUUUGGUUCCCUAAGUAACUAUUGCUGGAGCUUUGUGAACCACAAGCCAAUAAGAAAUGGAUUUCGUUAUGCACGUCAAGUACCAGCUAAGACACCUAAAGCGGAACUCAUAAGCAAGGAUUUGAUGCAGAGAGGCUUCCGUUGUGUUGGGCCAACUGUUGUUUAUUCAUUCAUGCAGGUCGCUGGAAUUGUCAACGAUCAUCUCUUGACAUGCUUUAGACACCAGGAGUGCAAUUCAAAUAUGAAGAAGGAUUUGAAUCCCAAGAUUGAGGAGACUAAGGAAAUAAAUGAAGCUCUCGAGAAUACAUGCUUAUCUCAGGAAUGAAUUGGAUAGAAAUCUCUAGCAAUUUUGCUGACCGAAUUGCUAGUUACUGGGGAUCUGGGUCCGCCUAAGCCAUAAUUUGUUCCUUACUAAUCACACAAAUCAAAAUAAGUAGGAUAUUUGUUGUUAGAGAGGUGAAGAGUAAAGGUCUGUAGCAAGUAUUGUUUUACAUUUUCCUACAUCUACAUAGACUACAUGGGUCUUGUAGCACGCAUCCUUCAUCUGCUUGUGUGUCGUUUAACCUAACCUUAAAAGUAUGUUCUUGCUGUUUGACACUAAAUGUUCCAAUGUAAAAUUCCACACGCGUGUUUUUCUCA